AUGGCCUCCCGCCCUACUGUCUCCAUCGCCACGGCCGAGGGCAAGCCCUCCGGGGCCACCCAGCCCCUGCCCACCGUUUUCGGUGCUCCCAUCCGCCCGGAUAUCGUCCAGCAGGUGCACACUGGCAUGGCCAAGAACAAGAGACAGCCCUACGCUGUGAGCGAGAAGGCUGGCGAGCAGACCUCCGCUGAGUCCUGGGGUACCGGCCGUGCUGUCGCCCGUAUCCCCCGUGUCUCUGGUGGUGGUACUCACCGUGCCGGUCAGGCUGCCUUCGGUAACCAGUGCCGUUCCGGUCGCAUGUUCGCUCCCACCAAGGUCUGGCGCAAGUGGCACCAGAAGCUCAACCUGAACCAGAAGCGCUUCGCUACCGCCUCUGCUCUGGCUGCUUCCUCCGUCCCCGCUCUGCUCUUCGCCCGCGGUCACCGUGUCGCCAAGGUCCCCGAGGUCCCCCUCGUCGUUGAGUCCAAGACCUUCGAGGGUGCCGCUCUCACCAAGACCAAGGCCGCCAUUGCCCUCCUCAAGGCUAUCGGUGCCGGUGAGGACCUCGUCAAGGUCCAGAAGUCCCGCAAGCUCCGUGCUGGUAAGGGUAAGCUGCGUAACCGCCGCUUCCGCCAGCGCCGCGGUCCUCUGGUUGUCUACAACCCCGAGGUCGAUGGCAAGGAGCUCGUCCGUGCCUUCCGCAACGUUCCCGGUGUUGAGACCUCCUCCGUCUUCUCCCUGAACCUCCUCCAGCUCGCCCCCGGUGGUCACCUCGGCCGCUUCAUCGUCUGGACCUCCUCCGCCUUCGAGGCCCUCGACCAGGUCUACGGCACCACCACCACUCCCUCCGCCCUCAAGAAGGACUUCCUCCUGCCCUCCGCCAUGGUUGCCAACGCUGACCUGACCCGCCUGAUCAACUCCUCUGAAAUCCAGGCCGUUGUCCGCGGCCCCAAGGGUGAGGCCCGCACCAAGCGCGUCAACGUCCAGAAGAAGAACCCUCUCCGCAACAAGCAGGUCAUGCUCCGCCUCAACCCCUACGCUGCUGCCUACUCCAAGCAGAAGCUUGGUCAGCAGAAGGUCGAGGCUGGCAAGCCCGAGCGUGCCUCCGCUGGCUUCGCCAACGUUCUCCACGAGAACUAG